UUGAGAAGAAGCUUCCAAAUGCCAACGUUUUACUGUUCCCUCACUCACUCUUUUUCCUCGCUCUCUCUCUAAGAACAUACCGGAGGUUCGAACGACGAUUAAUUCUGCAUUUAAUUUUAAUCAAAACUUAAUUUCAGUGUGGUGCGACCAAUUAGUGUUUACUAUAUCAGCAAAGAUGAUUUUUUUAAUAAAAGGUUUUACAUGUAUUUGAGGGAUCAAGUAUUAUAUUCAUGGUAAUAAUGAAUUUGGGAGCCAGAAUGUCAGGAGAUAGGCAUUGCCCCCGAAUUAACAUUUAUGGGCUAAAAGUUCGUAUAGAACGAAAGCUCGGUGGACAAAAGGCUGGAAAGUAUUUUGAUCUGUUGAAUAGAUAUUUAAGUCUUAAGCUUAGUAAAUCAGCGUUCAAUAAGCUCUGUAUUGGGUUGUUGGGGCGAGAGGAUAUCGUUCUUCACAAUGGGCUAAUUCAAGCAAUUAUCAAGAAUGCAUGUGUUGCCAAUAUUCCUCCACCAAAGUAUGGCAAAUCGGAAGCUUCAUUGAAUGUGAUAUGGCCUAAUGCCUACCAAAGAAGUAGUCUUCAGUCAUUCUGUAGAGAUGUGUUUCCUCGCUCUCUGAGGAAGGGACGGACUGAUACCCUUCGUCAUCGCAAGUUCAGGGACAGACUGAACCCUCUCAGGCCUCAUGGGAAGGCCCAUAAUGUGGCUACUGAAAAUUCAGUACCAAAGGUUCAAGAACAGCAGAGUAGCAAGUCUCCUGUUGAAAUCACGUCUGUGGAAGAUGUCGAAGACGUAGAACAGGCUGCAGGAAGUCCAGGCAUUUAUAGAAGAAGCCCGGUUAAAGCUCCUCUUGGUGUCUCGCUAAAUGCAAUGAGGAAGAUGCUCUGCCAUGGAGCAGCACCAUUCGUUUAUAUGGACACUUGUUUUAAUAAUGGUGAGCUUCCUGAUACCAGUUCAUUAAAGAAGCGGUUAGAACGAAAAUUGGACAUGGAGGGUUUGAAGCUCUCAACAAGUUGUGUGCACUUGUUAAACAAUGGGCUCAAUAUUUUUAUGAAGAGAUUAGUAGAACCCUGUCUCCAUUUAGCUGCUUCAAGAUCAGAAUGCACACUUCAUAAUCAAGUUUAUCAUCAAACCAAAUCCAUCGUAAAUGGGAUUAGGCCCAUGUCAUACAUAGAGAACUCGGAGAGAUUGUUCUUCGUGUCAAUGUUAGAUUUUCAAGUUGCAAUGGAGUCGAAUCCCAGGAUAAUUGGAGCAGAUUGGCCAGUGCUACUUGAGGAAGUUUCCCUGCAUGCAUCAAAGGUUCAUACAGCAGAAUAGCCUGUGAAUUUGAUGUUACGAGACUUUCAAGUUCAUCUCAAAGUGAUAAACAGAUCUCAUGACUCUAGAAAGCCCUUUCUAACCGUGAUGUUGACAUUAUCAUACCAUCAAAGAUAUAGCAACGACUUGGUUUAGAGUUUCAGAAAAUUUUGGGUCAAGUUGGUUAGUUUGUAUAUACAUCUCAGAGCUGAUUAUUUUCUAAAAAGGGACUCUUUACCUCAUAAUGUACAUCAGUGGCCUUCUUCAACUAACAUUAUAUUUCGUUCCUCUUAUUGAUUUUCUGUUCGUCAAUGGAGGUUGUUUCAAGUAUCUGCACUAUCUGUUUAAACCCUAAUUCCGUUCUCCAGCCUCCCAAAAUUCCCACCACCCGAAUAAAAGGAAUGUAAAAGAAGCAAAAACAGAAAAAGGAAAAGAAUGGAGAAACAGUAGCUUCAAUAGAUCUCAGUAGUCUCUGGUAAUUCUACUAUGCUUUUGCUUCUCAAAUGCAUGGAAUUGGCCAAGUGCAGUGUUUCUAGCAUACAUUGUUCCAAAAGAAGCAUAUUGGAUUUCACAAUUCACAUUUUCAUGCUUCGAUCUUGCAUCUUGUCUAUGAGUAAAAGAACUGAAUGGGGAAGAGA